AUGUCCAACAAUGAAUAUAAGUCUUCUGACUCCUCAGAUGGCUUUGAAAUCUUAGAAAAGAUGCUGACCAACUGGGUGGAGCCUCUCAGGAAGAGAAGGAAGCUCAAUGUCAAUGAAGUUGACAAACUUCAGGAAAAGUAUUUUGAAUCACACCUGUCACCCUUGGUUGCUGCAUAUCAGCCAACAAACAUCUCAGUGAAAAUGAUACAUUACUCUUGCCAACAACCGAACAUUUCCCUUAACCAUCAGCCAGAACAUCCCAGACUCAAUAUCCACCCACAAGCCACUCAGGCUGGCCGUCAAUACAAUUAG